AGGGAGCUGACUGGUGACUCCAUUGAUGACAACAGCACAUAGGACUUCUUUCUUUUGUUGCUUUGGAAUGACAGCUUUGCUACCCACUUAAGAGCCCUUUAUCACUUGGAUGACAUCUGACAAGAAAGUCUGGAAAAGCUGAUGUAGCUGAGCAGCUCUGUGCCACGUACAGGAAAAUAUUCAAGGCGACUCAGUUGCACUGAGAAUACUUUUAAAAUUAAACUCAAAAUUGAAACUUAUCUUCAGGAAAUAGAAACUGGAAACUGAUGUCAGACUAAUGCAAAAUAACUGGAAAUGGCUUAAAUCAGUAACACACUUCUGCCUGUUCUUAAGAAUGUUCUUCAGCACUUUGCUGAAGAUUUCUACUACUUAAUGUUUCUUCUGCUGAAGAGAUGGUUUAGACCAGUAGGGCUAAGAUAAUAGGUUUUUUUCAAGACAAUAUUCUACUAAUUGCAGGCUGUUGAGUCAGAGUGCUUCAUAUUGUCUCUCUAGGCCUGCUGAAUGCAGACAACAAUAUUCAAGAACAAUGUGAAAGUUAUUAUUUAAUUAAAGAUAAUAGACCCUUAGCUGCAAGAGAUCCUCUGCCAAGCAAAACUGAUAAAUCUAAUAGAAGUUGGAUGGGAAACUCUGUUCUGGUAAACUGCUUAAUUGAAAAGUGCUUCAGAUAAAACAGAGUAUCAAAGGACUAGCUUGAAGGAUCUUGUCUUUAUUCUUAGUCACCCACUGUUUAGCUCUGCACUUCAUUUCUAUUUUGAGAAUAAGAAAAGCUUGUGACAAGCCUCUUAAGAACGGAGAAUAUCCCCACAUGUAAGCUGGUAUGAACAAGUUUACUAUAAGAGAACAGUAUGUCUUGCAAUACUUUUUUAGGGUAGGAUGAUUUCCCUAGCUGUCAUGGAAUCAGGCACCAAUGGAGAGUGCUGAUUUGCCCAAUACAUUCUUAAGAUUUUCCAUCAUUGCAUUGAAGAUUGACCCUGAAGCAUUUUGAUACACAUACAGUAUAAUUUGAAGGAAACUGCGGAAUGAAAGUAGACAAAAGGCCUUUAUAAGCAAAAAGUGAACCACAGAUGCAGAGGAGGUGAAACAUCUUUGAGAAACUGGCUGUCUCUGCAGAAUUAGUGGGUAUUUGAGGCUUCAAUGGAAUUUUAAUAAGGAUUAUGCUGAGCAAAGGGAUUUCAAUGCAAAUGUGCUUCUCUAAGCCUUGAGCUUCUUCAGGUGAAGCAGUGUCUCUGGAUGGCUUCUGCAAGUGAGGUGGUUUCAUGGCCACAGAACAGGAAUGAAGUGAAAGAUGAGAAUAUAUGUUGUGUGGUGUAAUUUAGGAGUCACUUUUCCCCAUUUCUGGUUUAUAUUCCCUAAGUGUAUUUGAAAGUCUAUAGAUUUAGUUUUUUUUUUUUAAUUCAAAGCUUAGUUCUGUAAUACAUUACUAGAUCAUUUGUUAUCAAGCUGAAGGAUAAGACCAGUGUUUAAUGACAAAAUACAAAUAGUAUUUUUUUUUUCUAUAUUUUGCUAAAAAAAAUAUAAUUCUACCAUUUCAUUAAAAAAACCCUACUAUGCUGCACUUUUUAGUGUUAUGUACAUAUUAUUCGGAAAUGGAGUCUGGAAUGGAAUCUGAUCCAAAUGUAGUAUUAAGCACAAAGAAAGUGAUGCUUUGUUUAAGUUUGGGGAGAAGAAAGAUUAAUAUUUCCAAUGAGCUAGUGCUCCUUGCAGCAUUUACUGUGAAAUAUCCCUGCUAUUUUUCAUUGUUGAGGACAAAAAUUAGAAAUUAUGAGUCUUAAAAAAUUGUCUGUGCAAAAUUUGGGUAAAACCUAAAAAUGUCUGUACCUGACUCUGGAUAAUACUUAGAGAAAAAUUAGUAAAUGAGAUACAUUCUAUUUAUUUUGGAUUAUAUCUUUUCAAUUACCUAAGCUGCUGAACUUCAAUAUUUUGUGUUUAGACUGGGAAUUUAUGUUUACAUUAAAAUCACUUCAGUAAAAGGUGUGGUUUUACAAUUUUUUAACUCCUAAAAGAGUAUUUAAAUACUCUUGCUGCACAGAGGGACGGUCAUGCUUUUUUUCUGGUUAGCGAUCUAAGAGGUAAUCCUGUGGAAAACAAAACAGAACAAAAAGAAGAUUAAAAUGUUCUGCUGGAUCAAAGAAGGCAACGGCAGGAACAUGUAUGGGGUUAUCAGGAGAAGCAGGGGUGAGCCAUACUGCGCCAAGAGAAGUAAGAAACUAGUACAGUUAUUAGUUAUGUCUGUAGCAACUAGUCCAGCUGAUUGCAAAUCGUGAAUCCAUUUCUGUAUCCAGUGAAGUGAGUGCUUGUUGGCUCAUUGUGUGCUGCCCCUGUUUGCAGUGGAUCUGGUCCCGAAGGAGCAAAGGAAUUGACAGUAGAGAGAAAAUUGUGAAAUAUGGAUGUCAGAUAAGAGAUAAGCUGGAUAGAUAGUUCAAAGGAAAUGUCCUGGAUAGGAACAGAGCAUGUGUAUAUCUCUGCUUUCAUCUAGAGGAGCAAGUUCUAAUGCCCUGCUAUCAUUUUAAUAUGCUAUGAAUUCAGCAAGGUAGUUCUGAAUCAAGAAUCCUGUGCUAUCUACACAAGUCUGUCCCUGGACAGUGUCACUCUGACAUCCUCAAACAUCCAGCACUAACUCAAACCAGAUUAUUUUUGGCUGCACAGUGCUCUGACUCCAGCCAUUCUCCCAUCUCUGGGUUAUUUCAGAUCAGAAAUAUGUCAUCUUGACACAGGAAAACUACUUUGAUACCUAAUGACAUCACUACUGUUGUAGUGGAAGAACAGGAGGUCAGUGGUCUGUACUUUUUUGGUGGAAAUAUCAUCAAAUCACUGAACAGCUCAGCACUUACUGCUUCCAUGGCAGUCUGUAUACCACUCCCUGUAAAGCUGAGACCUCCUAGGCUCCAUUUAGAUCAGCACUGUGCUGGGGCACUUCUGCUCUUUGAAGCUUUCUGGGGAAUCUUGUUCUUUCUGUGUCUGCCUUCCCUCACCUGAGGAUACAAUGUCUGCUUCCUUUUUUCCCCUCUAUCUUUAACAGUUUCACUUCUGUCCCACUGACCAUGAACCAGGCCAUACCACUUCCAGAGCACCCAAAAUCAGAAUUGUAACCUAGCUAGACAAAUCAAAAAUUAACCAAAAUAGAGGUAUGAAUUGUACAUAAAUUAUGCAUACAAAGAAAAGAAAGAUAGUGUGCAUUCAGGGAAUAUCAAUUGUUAAAUUUCUCCCCCUCAUCAAGGGAAGUAUGUGAGUGUGUGGGCAUAUAUAAAUGUUGGUUGAAAGGAAGUGAGGAAUGGGGAGAGAAAAGCAAAGGAAAACGAAAAGAUUAUGGGUCACUUUCAAGUAGAGAUAUUAUAUGAUUUAAAAAUUCUGUUUUGUAAUAACUUGAGAUUUUUCUUUUUUUUCUUUUUUUUCUUUUUUUUUCCAUAGAAUGUAGGUUCUCCAGCAGAAAUCUCCUUUUGGCAGAAGACAGACAUGUACAAGUGAAAGUACCAUGGCUCAUGUCCACAAACCAGAUGUUUUCACUGUGCAGUGCCAGAGGUGGAGUCCUGAACACUGUCACUAGGACUUUUGACCAUGAGAUUAUAUGAGAAAAUAUGGUACAUAUCCUGAAGGACCUCACAUUAUUAUCAGUGGGAUUUUACACAUCUAUGAGUAAUAGAUUGAUGCCAAAGUGAUCAACAUGUUACAGAAAUGGAUGCUAGAUGAAGUUUUGCCCCAUCCACAUGCUUUCUGUAAGAAUCAUACAAGCUAAGAACAUCAAGUCAAGAGACCUGUGGACAGUUCCACUUUCGUGCCAAAACCUUGCGGGGCAAUGUUAUUCACUGCUUGAUACCAGUCUGAAGUAUUUAGGCAUCUCGGGCUGCAGUGGAAAUCUUCCGUCAAGUCCUGACUCCAGCUCUGAAAGACAUCACCUGGGAGAUUUCCUUUCACACCGUUGCCAAGCCUCACAAAUGACGGCAUCAGACUGCUAUGUACGCUUGUGGCUGCCGUCUGCUUCACCUGGAAAGCUUCAGACCAAAACCAUCAGGAAUUCUGACAACCCUGUCUGGAAUGAGACUUUCUACUUUAGGAUCCAGAGAGAAGUUGAGAAUAUUUUAGAAUUGGCAGUGUGUGAUGAAGAUGCACUCACCAAAGAUGACAUGCAGUUCACAGUUCUUUUUAAUCUUGCUAGAAUCAGACCUGGGGAGACAAUCCGCGAGACUUUUGCUUUGAAACCAGAGACGGAGAGGUGCUUUAAGAAAUGGGAAAGUUUGGAAGUGGAAUUCUGGAUGGAAAGAGUUCCUGGCCCUCCAGAGCAUCUCAUUACCAAUGAUGUCCUAGUGUCUCGUGAGGUUUGCUGCUUGGAAGUGCAUGUGGACAUUAAUGAAAGCAGGAAAUACUUGAAAGAGGGUAAAAAUCUCGUGCUUACGGUGCCUGCAUCCCAUGAGAGAACCCAGAAGACGACAGAGGACACCGACACUUUCUACUUCCACUGCGUGAAGGCUUGGGAGCCAGUCCUAAAAGUCAGGCUGCAGAAAGUUUCUGAUAAGGAAGAUGACAACAGCAAUUUAAGUGACACCUUAACAGUACCGCUGAAAUUUCUCCCUGUUGGACAUAAAGUGAAAGUAACCCUUCCCGUAAGACAUAAUGUGCCACUACAGUUGUACCUCCAACUGAAUGCUUGCACAGAAAAACUAGACGUGCGCUUAGGGUAUGACCUGUGCCAAGGAGAGCAGGAAUUCCUGCAUAAGAGGAAGAGAGUCGUUGCUGGAGCCCUGAAAAGGGUUCUUCACCUGGAAAGAGAUCUACAUGGACAUGAGGUCCCAGUAAUAGCUGUUAUGGCAACAGGUGGAGGUCUCAGAGCAAUGUCAGCUAUGUUUGGCCACCUCUUAGCUCUUCAGAAGCUAAAUCUGUUGGACUGUGUCACCUACCUCACUGGGGCUUCUGGCUCAACAUGGACCCUAGCAGACCUGUACGAGCAUGCUGACUGGUCACAGAAGUCUCUUGAGGGGCCACUUAAAGCAGUAAAAGAACAAGUGACAAAAUGCAAACUCAACCUUAUGUCUAUAGACCAUCUGAAGUAUUAUCACAAGGAGCUUGCUGAAAGGGCAAAAGCAGGACAUGUGCCAUCUUUUACAACUCUGUGGUCGCUUGUUCAGGAGAUGUUCUUGCAUGAACGGCCAAGAAAGUACAAACUCACAGACCAGCGCAAGGCACUGGAGCAUGGACAAAACCCACUGCCUUUCUAUGCAGUCCUCAAUGUGAAAGAGGAGAAGUUUGGUACUUUCAAAUUUAGAGAGUGGGCAAAUUUCUCUCCUUACGAAGUGGCCAUGCCAAAAUAUGGAGUCUCCAUUCCUUCAGAGUAUUUUGACAGCGAGUUCUUCAUGGGAAGGAGAGUGAAGAAGCUGCCAGAAUCUCGGAUCUGCUAUCUGGAAGGUCUUUGGACAAACAUCUUUACUAGGAAUUUGCUGGAUGGCUUGUACUGGUCCUCAAAUUCAAAUGAAUUCUGGGAGCGAUGGUCCCAAGAUAUGGUAGAUAUAGAAAAACAUUCUCCUGAGGAAGAUGUUAGUGUUAUUGAGCCUCCGUCUUGCUUGUCAGGAAAGUUGUAUGAAAUGUUUCAGGACAUCAUGACCAAGCGUCCGCUGCUGGGAAAGUCUCAUAACUUCCUGAGAGGCUUAGAGUUUCACAAGGAUUAUAUCCAUCAGAAAAAAUUUAUUGAAUGGAAAGACACUGUGCUGGAUGGUUUCCCUAACAAUCUGACACCACUGCAGAAGUAUCUUUGUCUGAUAGAUGUUGGCUACUUCAUCAACACCAGUGGUGCAGCACUUUUCAAGCCAGAGAGGAAUGUAGAUGUCAUUAUAUCCCUUGAUUAUGGUUUGGGACAUGUGUUCAAGCAAUUAGAGAUGACAUACAAAUACUGCAAGAUACAAAAUAUCCCAUUCCCCAAAGUGGAGCUAAGUCCAGAAGAAGAGAAGAACCCAAAGGAAUGUUAUAUAUUUGCAGAUGCAGAGGACCCCAGAGCACCCAUAGUAAUCCAUUUUCCCUUGGUGAAUGACACCUUCAAGGAAUUCAAGGAGCCAGGAGUGAGGCGUGGUCACUCAGAGAUGGAAGAAGGCAAAGUAAAUCUGGAGAACAACUGCUCACCCUACUACCUCAUUAGGCUAAUUUAUUCCUCUGAAAAUUUUGAUAAACUUGUGAACCUGAGCAAAUACAACAUCCUCAAUAACAAAGACCUGCUUCUCCAGGCAAUCAGGAGUGCUGUAGAACGAAAGAGAAGCAGAAGGACUGGGAGUUUCCCCAGCUACUCUGGAUACCCCUAAGCUGGGUAUCCAGCUUAUUUUUGCCCUGUUCCCCACUGAAGGCUAUGGCAGCACAUUGCAACACAUCACAGUCACAUUACAACACAUCACAGUGUUCAUUGUUUGCAGAAAACUGACCAAACCUGUACAUUUCUCACCUUGCCAUGUUCAGGCUCCCAGCUUUCAGAAGGGUUUAUUUUAUCUCCUUCCCCCACAUUUUCAGACCACAAGAGUCUCACAAUGUGGUCUUUCUUGUUAAGAAAUUAGGGUCCUGAUAGGCAGAGACCUCCCAGGAUCUCCUUGAUGUUACAGUAUAUGGUGGUGGUGAUAGUUCUUUGUAUGAGCCUGUCCCUUCAACCUGAGCCCAUUGUUGGUGUCCUUUCAAUACUUGAUUACAGAUCAAGUCCUGGCCAUUUGCAUUCAGUGAUGUCCAGAUUUUCAGAUAGGCUGAGCAACUAGAAUUUGCACUGAAUUGGUGGGAUCAGCUUUGAAGUCAGGCAUAUAUAUAUGUGAAAAGCAGCCAAACUGCAGUGUGGACAAUUGCACUCUGUCUGGCCUAUUUCCCUUGCUGAUUUAGAAGUUAUUCCUUUUUUCCAUUCCCCUGCAAGACUUUGGCACAGAAAUGCUGCUCCAGACUACCACAAAGGGGGCAGUUACAUUUCAAAAGAGAGGGCAGUAGCAGCAGUGAGUGAGCACAGCUCCUUCGAGCAUUGGCUGCAGGAAAGUUUCUGCAUGAAGCACAUGUGAUUGCAUUGAUUUAUAUCAGCAGUGCCUUUUUUGAUUAAAAUGUCAAGAGCCUGAAACAAGUUUUUCAUAGCAGAAGUUUGAGAGGAAUAAUUACCAUAGACUCAAGUACAUUUAAUUUAGUGAUGAUGACUGAGACGUAAGCUGAUUCUCCUUACAGAUAUAAACUGAAUGUAGGACAACAUAACUCAUGAACAGAGUGCAGAGCCAUUGUAUUUUCACACACAGAAGAUUUUUCCCUUUAUAGUCUUCUACCCCUGACAUCACAGGCAAAGUAUUUUUAAUAGGUGCUGCAUAAAAUAGAGCACAAAUUUAAAAAAAAAUAGGACACACAUUUUCCUCCUUGCUCGUGGAAAAUAUUUGGAAAAUGACACCUGGCUUUCAUUUCCUCUGGAAUGCAGUGAGAGACUUUGCCUUGAGCCAGAAGCUUGGAACAUCUUUAUAGCCCUCCACUAGAUUAAAAAGAUCUUAGGGAAGGAUGCUGAGCAAUAUAAAACAGAGCUUCACAGAAGUUGGGGAAGUUUGCAGACUUCCUCACACUGAAGGAUUUGGACCUGUUUCUGAAUUAUUUUUUCCAAAUACAGCAUAUUCAUCAGGACUUCCAAGGAAAAUCUUACAUAUUUCUUCUGUGUUGGAAAUUUACUUGAGAUCUAGAAUUAGUUCUACUUGAAAUCCAAAAUCAGACAAAGAACGAAAAAGAGGGGUCUGUCUUUUUGGUAGACACAGACAAUACUGAAGCUCUAAAGAGAGAGCAUUUACAAAAGACAUGAUUUCCUGAAGCCUACAUCUACUAAACACUGCUUCUGCUGCAAUGGCUGAGGCUCAGCAAUGCUUCUUGUACAAUGUUUACUUGCUGAGCUGAGGAACACCAUCCAGAACUGAGAAGCCUUUACGGCUGGAAUGCAAAUGUACCUCAGGAUUCAGAUCAUGAGAAGUUAACAACUAAUCAGAUACUGGCUGCAAGACAGAACAUAAAGAGCCAUUUUGAGUUGGGAGUUGAUCCAGCUGGAUCUGUUACCUUUGCUCAGGAGAGCAGCAUGUCCUGGCCCAACAUUGUGUGGCACAUACAAGCCCAAAUGGCUCUGUGCACACAUGUGCACAGGGUGUGCAGCAUUUCCAUGCUCCUCUGGCUGGUCCUAGAAAGCUCUGAUGCUGCAAAAAGAUAUUGCUGUUGUGUCCAUGGGCUACAGAGAACAGUAUGUAACCCUUGUGAACCUUGGCAGCAUGUACCCAGCAGUGAAGCAGCUCAGCCACACUGAGAAAAUUUGAUUUUGGUCCUACAAAAUGCUCCACAGACUAACAACUGGAGCAUGUUUGGUGCAUUCAUAGUGCUGCUAAUACAAACAGAGAGGCCCAGUAAAAUAUGAAGGAGCCACAAAACCACAAAGGUUUCAGGUAACCCACAGCUGGUGGGGAAUUACUGUUCUGAGGGACUGUUAAAUCCUGUUACAAAG